AUGGAUUCGGGCAACAGUACCGCUGGGAGCAUGCAGUCCUCAAGUAGUGGUGCUCCUGCUGAUGAAGAUUCGUACGACUCACACUCACACUCACACUCACGCGCCCAACAACAACCCCAUCAUCAUCAUAUUCCAAAUCAGUUAUCAACAACAACCACCACCCUUCACCACACCCACGCCCCUAUCUUUGAUCCUUUGUUAUCAUCAUCAUCAUCAACAACUUCAACAACCUUCUUGGAUCCAUCAUCAUCUUCAAUUCAAAGAUCAAAUCCAACAAUAGUAAACAACCUCGACAUGCCGUGGUACAUCACACCGAGAUCCGGACUCGACCAACCGGAUCUUUCCACCGUCAUGCCGCAAUUCGCUGUUCCACCACCACCGCCGCCGCCGCAGCUACCACCGUUGCUGCAGCAACAACAACAAGAAGAAGCGCGCAGCAACGCAAACAGUAACAGCACGGUGGUUCGGAACCCGAAGAAGAGGUCAAGGGCUUCACGGCGAGCACCAACGACGGUUUUAACAACGGACACCACGAAUUUCCGAGCUAUGGUUCAAGAAUUCACUGGUAUUCCAGCACAGCCCUUCACUUCUUCUUCUUCUUCUCCUUUUCCAAGAACAAGGUUGGAUCUCUUUGUUGGUGGCGGUUCUUCUUCUUCUGCUGCUGCUGCUGCUGCUUCUGGUGCUGGUCCUCCUUAUCUUCUUCGUCCAUUUGCGCAGAAAGUUCCUCUACCGUCGUCGUUUCCUCAAACCAAUUAUAAUUCUUCACCUUCUUCUUCGUUAUCUUUUCCACCUUCUUCUUCCAUGGUGAUGAACAACAUAUUAUUUGUUCCUAAUUCUAACAAUCCAAUUAAUAACAGCUACCAACAACUUUCUUCUUCUUCUUCUUCGCCCCUUGGGCUUUUGAAACAGCAUCAGCAUCUUAAUAAUGUGAACUUGAACAACAUGCAAAACAACAACAACAACCCUGCAUCGAUUCUGAGCUUUCAAUCGAUUCUUCAAGCACAACAAAUUAGGUACCCUUCUCCUUCUCCUUCUCCUUCAACUUCUCCCCUUGUUGCAUCGAAGGAUCAAGAAACCUGCUUGGAGAUUCCUCAUCAUCAUAAUCAGAGUAAUAAUAGUGGCACUGUUGACUCACAUCUCAGAAUGGGUGUGUUGGAGGAACAACUAGGAUUCACUCAUGCGCAUGUUAGCACCACCACGAACAUCAGCAAUGGAGGAGUGUUAGAGAAGGGAAGAACCGAAGGUAUGGUGGAGUCAUGGAUCAAUUGUUCUUCUGAUUAA